ACACAACCAAAAUUCAAGAUUUCAUAGGCUCAAAACAAGAGUUAGAGAAAAAAAAAAUCCUCAAUGGCUCAAAUAUCUGACAAGUUUUACAUCAUGGUUCCUGUUCUCUCUUUUCUUCUGAUUCUAUCACACACUGAGAGUCGAAUUCUAACUGGAGGAAAGACAGACGCAGCGCUAGAGUGCACUAAUGCUGUUGGAGCAGAAAGCGGUGAUACCUGUCAGGGUGUUGCAACGCAGUUCAACCUGACACUGGAACAGUUCCUCGGAGUGAAUCCCAAUAUCAACUGUGACAGCAUGUUCGUUGGUCAAUGGCUGUGCAUUGUUUGAUCUGCCUGAAAUGAAGAGAAUCAAAGAAUGAAGGAUGAAAAUAUGAAAUCUUGCAGGAAUAAAAAGAAGCUUUAAACUCUUCUCUUGAUGGAGUCUUUUCCAUCAAUUAUUAGCUACUUUCUUCUUCUUAAUUAGUUGCAAUCUUCGUUUUUAGUUUUUGAUUCACGAACAAAUAAUCUUGUACCUGAAAUAUCAGGCCUUUGGCUUUGUUGAGGCAAUUCAGCAUAGCUUGUGAACGC